AAAAAAUAAUGAGAGCUCUUACCAUAAUUUGCUUAGUGGCUGCUGUAUUAGCAACAGAUACAAAUAAAUUUGCUGUGCUUCUAUAAACAGGAACAAGAGGAAAUGAUGCUGUUGAAUCAGUUUAUAAUCUUUUAAGAGAUCUUAAAACAGAAAAUGUUAAUGUCUAAGCCGCAGCUGAUAGAAAGAAUAACACAGAUGAAGGUAUCUUCAUAGUGUUAUAUCAUUUUAGAAAUCUUUUCUUAAGUUAUUGGUGAUUUGACAAAUGUAGCUUCACUUAAUAAAUAAUAAUGGGAAGCAUUAGGUGCAGUUAGAACAGAUGUUGAAGCUUAAAUUAGAGUAUAUUAUAUUAAUAAUUUUAGGAUGGAUAUUCAUGGUUAUCCUGGGCUGAAUCAAGACUUGCUGAAAUUGAAAGAAGAAAUGCUUAAUUAUAAGAUUAAAGAUGUUGGGCUAAUGGACUUUUUGUUAAAUCACUUGCUGAUCAUGCUGAUGCUGUUGCUGUUGUUUAAUUAUUAUAAUAAGAUGUUGCUGGUUAUCUUACUAAUAAUGCUGGAGUUGAACUUGUUGAAAAAGCAUAAACUAUUGCUGAUAAAUUAUCUGCUUAUAGUCAUCUCUUUUAAUAAGAUGCUCUUUAAAAAUUCUAAUCACUUGCUGAAGUUAAAAGAGAAGGAACUACUGGAGAAUAAGUUCUUUCUAUUUUAUAAGAUUUAUAAUCUGAAUUAGAAUCUACUCUUGCAACACUUUAAGAAUAAGAAAUUCAUGCUGCAUUUGCUUUGGCUAAAUAUGUAUCAGAUACUAAUGCAGAAGUUGCUUGGUUAAAUUCUGAACAUGAAAGAAGAACUAAUCUUGUUGAAAAAUUAGAAACUGUAUCAUUUAUAUCUAUUUUGCAAGUAAUUACCUGCUGUCCUUGCUUAAUAAGCUAAAGCCCUCAAAUUAUGGAAGGAUUCUUUGAAUGCAGUUGCUGGAGCUACUGCUGAUUUAGAAGAAAAAAGAGAAUUCUAUGCUUCUGAAACUGCCAGAAGAUAAGGUAUAUAUAUACAUUACAUUUCUAGAGGAAAACGCUAUUAUCGAUGUUGUUAUUUAACUCUUCAAAGAUUAAGUCAGAUCAUUGGCCUCAUAAACUUCCCUUGGAAGAAAAUGAUCUGUUCACAUUAAUAAUAAUAAUAUAAUCC